GAGUUUGACUGAGUCUCCAGCAGAUCCACACACUCUGGGAGAAGUGAAGGCUUCCUCUUUACACUACUUCCUGAUCGGCUGUCUAUAAUGGAUGCAGAGAGUAACCCUCAGGAGACGUCUCCGCUCGCAGCUGAGGGCAUGUGGUGGGGCUCUCUGGGCUCUGUGCGGCCCUUCCCAAACUUCAGACCUGAGAGAGACGUUCUAGUCCUUCACGAUGCUCUGGAGAAGAAAGAUGUGAGCAGUGUUGUGAGGACUCUGAGCAAUCGCAGUAACGCUCAGAGAAGAGCUCUGGCCAGAGUCUAUAAGAGCGUCACACAGAAGGAUCUGGAUGUGGGCCUGAAGAAGCUUCUCUCUGGUGAUCUUCAGUCUCUGGUUCUCGGUCUGAUGUUGAGCCCAGAGCAGUUUGACGCGCAUCGCCUGCGGAAAGCCAUGGAGGGUGCUGGAACAGAUGAAGACACACUUCUGGAGAUUCUGUGCAUCAGAACGCCACAGCAGCUCUCCCGCAUCAGAGCGUCAUACACACACGAGUUUCAGCGGGAUCUGGAGAAGGAUCUGCUCAGUGAAACCAGUGGAGAUUUCUCCAGACUCAUCACAGCUCUGCUGAAGAAGGAGAACGAGACGGGGAUUAUUGAGCAGGACACAGCAGCUUUAUCUGAGGAGCUGAAGAACAAGAAACCUGCAGCUGAAGUCUGGAUCCGGACCCUGACCUCCAGACACCCUGAGCACCUGAGCGCAGUGCUGGAUGAGCUGGAGGUUGAGAGAGGACAGACAGUGCAAGAAGCUCUGGAUGGACACUUCAGAGGAUUAAUGUCUGCUGACCUCAGGAAGGGCCUCAAGACCCUGGUGUGCACUAUCCAGGACCCAUAUCUGUACUUGGCUCAGCGCAUCCAAACUAUGAAGUUUGCAGUGGUUCAGGGUGUGAUUGUGUCUCACAGUGAAGAGGAUCUGCUGAGGGUCAGAGUCGCUUACAAGAAGACCAGCGGAAGCUCACUAUACACUGCCUUACAGAAGCAGUUUAAAGCUGAGCUCCUGCAGGGUUUGUUGGCUAUUUGUCGAGCUGAAGAUUAAAGGUGCUCUACACAUCACUGAUACUCAACAUGAUCAUUAUAAUAUCACUGAUAAUAAAAGAUGAUCAUUAUAAUAUCACUGAUACUCAACAUGCGUGUGUUUACAGUUCCUCUACAUUGGCUGCGGUUUAUGAUCAAUGCAUUAAUAAAAGGUCACUGUUUUGCAGAACUGACCUUUAUCAAGAGGGGGAAAAGAAAACACGCUAAAAACUCAUUAUAAUGCUGAUUUUAAUCAUUAUGGACACAAAUUGUGCAAAUAAUCUGAAAAUUUAAGCCACCAGUAAACUUUAAUGUUUGAAAAUAUUUUGUAUUUGUUUCCACCUAAGUGAUUGAUUGAUUGAUUGAUUGAUUGAUUCAUUCAUUCAUUCAUUGAUUCAUUGAUUCAUUCAUUCAUUCAUUCAUUCAUUCAUUCAUUCUAAUAGUAGGAUAAAGCAGUCAGUUGUCAUUUUAUUUGUGUAUUUUUCAAGGUUUAUUUAAUGUGAUUUUUAUGAUGAACCUGCAGUGAAAUGAUUGUUAUAAUGCUGAAAAUGUUCUGCUACUGUGACUUAGAUACCCAUAAAACCAAAUGUGUCAUCAAAACAGCCCAGUAAAUGUACAUGUUUACCUUCUCAACUCA